AUGUUUUAUUCAUCAGUUGAAGAUCCAUGUGAACGUCAAGGACGUUUUCAACGUUGCAUACCCGAUUUUGUUAAUGCCGCCUUUCGUAAGCAUAUUGUUGCCUCAUCAACAUGUGGUAAUCCACGUUCACGUUAUUGUAGUCAAGCAUUAAAUAAUAAUAACAAUAAUAAUAAUGUAUGCGAUAUAUGUGAUGCAUCAGAUCCAUUAAAAAGUCAUUCAUCCGAUUAUUUAACUGAUAUUAAUAAUCCAACAAAUUUAACAUGUUGGCAAUCUGAAAAUUUUCAAGAAUCAAAUUUAACAAAUGUAACAUUAACAUUAUCAUUACGUAAAAAAUUUGAAUUAACUUAUAUUAGUUUACAAUUUUGUUCACCAAUAAAACCCGAUUCAAUGGCCAUAUUUAAAAGUAUGGAUAUGGGUAAUACAUGGAUACCAUUGCAGUAUUAUUCCAGCGAUUGUUUAAAAACAUUUAAUAAAUCACCUCGUGCAACUAUCACACGUUCAAAUGAACAAGAAGCAUUGUGUACAGAUGCAAAUAAUGAUCAAACAUCAACAUCAACAUCACGAAUUGCAUUUAGUACACUCGAAGGACGACCUUCGGCUUAUGAAUUUGAUACAAGUCCAGUAUUACAAGAUUGGGUAACGGCAACUGAUGUUAAAGUUGUUUUCUAUAAAUUACGACCAUCAAUUCCAAAAAUAAAUAAUAAUAACGAUAUUAUGGCCUAUGAAUCAAAUUAUUAUUCUGUUAGUGAUUUUGCUGUCGGAGGCAGGUGUAAAUGUAAUGGACAUGCAUCCAAAUGUAUCGCAAAUAGGUAUGUUUUUUAGAAAAUUUUCUCCCUUUCUCUCUCUCUCUUCUUGUCUUAUUACUGUGUGAGAUUCUAAUUUAAAUUUUGACACUCUACUAUAGGGGCUAAAUAACCAUUUCUUUUUUUCUUUAAAGCUUUAAACUAAUUUCUGUUAGGCAGAUUGUUUGUGAAGCUGAUCAUUCGAGGCUAAAGAAAAAAAUCUGUUAAUUGUCUUGCUCUAUACACAUGAAUAAACGACGAAAUGUAAUAAUUUCUUAUACAAAUAAAUAUCUUCAGCAAUAUUAGACAUCUAUUGUUAUGUUAAUAUUCAUUUCAUUCUGCGUGUCCGUGUGUACUUGAAGAAGUCAAGAACAGAAGAAAAGAAACUGUCCAACUCAUCAAAAAAAAGAACAAGUUAUUUAAGUUUAGUUAUGAUAAUGAUUAAAGAAUACUACCAUCAUAUAAAUGAUAUUUUUCUAAGAAGCUAAAAAAUCGUUUAAUAUGUAUGUGUCGAUAUUGAUAAAAAAUAAAUACCGUUAACACUAUGACACAUCAAACUAAUCAUAGUGUUCCAAGUAUACAUGUUUUCAUAUUCGAGGACAUCUUUGUUAUUAAAAGCUGAAUUAGUUUGGCGAUGUGUCUCAUGGUGCUAUCGACGUGUCAAAGAUAAAAAGUCUUUGUAUAUGUAAUCCAGAAUCAUCAAAAAUUUAGUAUAUGUAUAUAUCAAUCGUACAAGAAGCAGUAGCCAACCUCCGCCGUUACCUAAAACGGCGUACAACCAUUUGAUAAAUAAAGAAGCACUGCAUGACUUCUAUUUCAAACGGUUUGCAUAAAAUCAAUUAAUGGGAGAAAGUUCUUUACAAAAUAUUCUUGCCGUUAUCUAUUCAUACGUAAUUGAUAAAGUAGAUCGCUUUGCCCACAUUUGCAUGAGAUUAAUGGACAUUCUUUUUCAUAUGACACUUAUUGAAUUUGCUAUUGUUGUUGUUGUUUAUUGGCACAAUCUCUACCAUAGUGACCAACCUUCAACCGAGAGAGAUGUGUGUGUGUGUGUGUGUGUGUGUGUGUGUGUGUGUGUG